AUGGGCUGGUCCUUUUCAGUCAGUGGCACUGACAUCACAUCUUAUGACAACUCUAGCGGCUCCUCCUCAACCUCCUCCAACCACAGUGCCUUUAAUACCAUCCGGCCCUGUCUGCUUCAGGAAAAACUGAACAGGAUGCAGAUGGACCCCUGCCUGGUGGCUUGGAUCUCCAACUACCUCAGUGACAGACCACAGUACGUCAGGCUGAAGGACGUCACGUCUGACACUGUGGCAGAGGAGUACAGGAGUCUGGUGAGGAACUUUGUCACAUGGAGUCAUGUAAGCGCUAAGGCUGGCGAAUCUAAAUCUUCACUGUUCACCUACAAGAAGAAGGGGACUCAGAGGAACAACAUGCAUUUAUCCUCCUCUGUUCCUGAAGAAGCACGUUUUAUAUCAGCUAAAUCUGGAGACAGAGUGACUUUACAUUGUUACCAUGAACAGAAUGUUGCUGCACGGUUUAACUGGUAUAAACAAUCUUUUAGAGGGAAACCAAAACUAAUUUCUACUUUAUAUAAGUCAGAAACCAAUUUUGUAGAAUUUCAUGAUCCAUUCAACAAUAGUGCACGCUUCAGACUAGAUAAUGGAAAAGGAAAAAAACACUUGAUUAUCUCAGACUUAAGUGUUUCAGACUCAGCAACUUACUACUGUACAUGUUCCCAUUUCUACACAUUGACAUUCUUAGAGACCAUUAUUGUCAGUGUCAAUGAUUUAGAUUUAAACAUACGAGCUUUAGUUCAUCAGUCAGCAUCUGAGACCAUCCAGCCAGGAGGCUCUGUAAGUCUGCACUGUAUGGUGCACACUAUGCUGAGCUGUGAUGGAGAACACAGUGUUUACUGGUUCAAAGACUCUGAAGACUCUCAACCAGGACUCAUUUACACCCAUGGAGUCAGGAAUGAUCAGUGUGAGAGGAAAGCCAACAAAAGAACACACACCUGUGUCUAUAACUUGACAAUAGAGACCCUGAAUGUGUCUCACGCUGGGAUCUACUACUGUGCUGUCGCCCUAUGUGGACACAUACUUUUUGGAAACGGGACCAAGCUGGACUUUGGGGAUUCUCCUGGCCUGAUGUAUUUCUUAAGCGCAGCUUUAACACUCACCACCAUCAUCAGCGUGUUAUCAACUUUUUUAGUUUAUAAGAUGAAAAAGAGGAACAACUGCCAAUCCAGAGACUCAAACGCAAAUGAUUCUGUAAAUUUAGAGAACACCCAAGAGGACAACCUUCAUUAUGCUGCUUUGAGAAAAAUUAGGACGAAAGUAGUUAGGAGAGAGACGAGCAACACCCAGGAUGAAUGUGUGUACUCCGGUAUAAAGUAA